AUGGUUAUAUUUGAAAGAAAAGCAGACGAAUCUGGCUAUAUUGCAAUCAAUAUUGAAUGCAGAUUUACUUAUCGAGACCAUCAGACAACAUUAGAAAGUAAGGAGAUAUUGAAUAAAUAUAAAAAUAUGAAAAAGAAAUACCUUAUGCAUGUAAGAUAUUUAUGCAAUAGACUUAGAAGUGAAACUAAUGCAUGGGAAAAUGGAUCAUUUUACGAUAAAUCUUCUGUGGGAAAACUCAAAAUGACUGAAAAUGAUAUUUGUCUGGUUUUUGUAGUUUGGAGAGACUUAGACUUAGGAAUGCUCAGUCAUGAACAAUCCAAACUUCAAACAACAAACCUUUACAAGGAGUUUAUAAAAGAUUAUGAGCUAGAAAUCAAAGAACAGACAUACUGGUCUCAUAAACCUCUGUGGGCAAGCAAUCCAAAAACUUAUGGAAAAGUGCUUCCAGGAUGGAGUAGAUUUGGCAAAUCAAUUGGAUUAUGUAACUUGAAUCUCUUCAAAGUUGAAACUUUGGGUGUAGAAAUUUCUAAAUACUGUACAUUUGACAGGAUGAUAAAUAUCCUCAAGAUGCCUGGUGAUGAGAAGGCUAUGAAGUUGCUUUGUAUUUACUUCUUGGGAUCACUCAAUGCUGAAGUCAUUAGAGGCAAUGAAAACUGCAAAUUAGCUGAAUUCCUAGUGGCAGAAGGUGUCUUAAUAUCUUACACGAAAAAUCAUCCUAAAUUAAAAAUCAAAAACACAGGAGGAGGAUACGAUUCUAAAAGAGUUUUACAUUGA